AAAAGAGAGAAGAGCAAACACAUCAAACCCCCGCCAAAAAUGAUGCGAUUGGUGACGCAAGCUGUCAUGCAGUGGGAGAUGCUAGAAGAGGGCGAUCGAUUAUUGCUUGGUUUAUCGGGAGGAAAGGAUUCAUUAAGCCUCCUGCAUUGCCUGCUCGAGUUUCAAAAGAAACUUCCUAUCAAAUUUGAAAUCGAGGUUUGUACAAUUGACCCAAUGACUCCGUCAUUCGAUCCCUCGCCGCUGAUACCUUAUAUCAACACUCUCGGGUUGAAGUACCACUUCAUCAAAGAUAACAUCGUAUCUCGGGCAAGUUCGUCCGGUAAAGAUGGGAAAGUUGUUUCGUCGCUAUGUGCCUACUGUGCUCGGAUGAAACGUGGCAAUCUAUACGCUUGCGCACGUCGCAACAACUGCAACAAACUCGUGCUUGCUCAGCAUUUAGAUGAUUGUGCUGAAUCAUUCAUGAUGAGUGUAAUGCAUAAUGGCUUCCUUCGGACAAUGAAAGCAAACUAUCAAAUCAAUGCCGGAGGCAUUUCAGUAAUCCGCCCUCUUGCGUACUGCCGCGAAAGUCUUAUGACAGAAUUUGCGAGAUCUGCGAAUCUCCCAGUUAUAAAUGAAAAUUGUCCUGCAUGCUUUGAAGAGCCGAAAGAACGUGCUAGAAUC